AUGGUCCUUUCGUUUUUGUUUGCAUCAUUAUGUCUUAGUGAGAACCUCCCACUUUGGCCGAAGACUUAUCAUCUUCGAGGCAAGUGGCAAAUUCCUUACCAAAAAAUCAAUAUUCCUUUCCUUGUUCAAACAGAUUUAAAGAAAAACAGGCAAUCAGAAACAAGCUACGAAAAUCUCCUUAACGAAAUCCAUAUUUUAGGCACUGGUGUUUAUCAGCUUCAAGUUUCUUCAGAAGUUGGCCCAACCUGCCACUUAUCUCCAGUUGAUGACCCAGAUGAUGAUGAAUUAACAGAAUACCUUCCAACAGACAACAAGCAGUGGAAAUACAAGGGAACAACUGUUAUCAAUGGCAAAGAAGCUAAAUAUUGGCAAUAUGACUAUGAAGGCAUCGACAGAUGGUACAAUCGCUUCUAUGUUGAGAAGAAUACAAAUACACCACUUCGCUAUCUCAUGAAUGGUCCAAGUAUUCGUGGAUCACACGCCUCAGUCUACAUUUUCGAUAUUGAAGACUUCGGUCCAGAGCUUGACGAAUCUCUUUUCUUAGUUCCAAACGGCUGCAUCAAUUCCACAGAGUCAUCUGGUCGCCGUCGUCGUGAUCUUUCUCGUCCACGUCUUCCAAAGGGAUCCAAUGCCGAAACAUGCCCAACAUACGAUCAGAAGGUCAUCCAGAACCUUCCAGAGUCAUUUUCAUGGCGUAAUGUCCCAUACGUCCUCGAAUAUCCACAUGAUCAAGCUGUUUGUGGUACAUGCUUCGCAUUCGGUGCAUCCGAGGCUAUCAAUGGUCAGUUCUCUCUCAGAGCUAAUAGAUCAAUCAUUACUUCAGUCCAACAACUCGUUGAUUGCACAUGGGGCACAAUUAACUACGCAUGCGAUGGCGGCGAGCACGACGAAAUCUACAGGAUCCUUAGGGAAUCAAAGAUGGAGCUCACACUCGAAGAUGAGUAUCCAUAUCUCGGAGUUGGCAGUUAUUGCGGCAAAAACUUCAAGCAUACAGUUGGCUACGUCAAGGGAUGCUAUAAGAUCCCAGAGCACGACAACGAGAAGCUCAAAUCCGCUCUCUUCGAGCACGGACCACUUGCUGUCGGAAUUAUCGCUGAUCAGGAUGGUUUCGGCACAUUAACAGACAACAUCUACGAUAACGCUAACUGCUACGUCCACGACAAGGUAAAGAUCGACCAUUCCGUACUUCUUACAGGAUGGAAGAGAAUUAACGGCGUCGACGCUUGGGAAAUCAUGAACUCAUGGUCAGACGUCUGGGGCGAUCAUGGCUUUGGAUACAUUGUAAUGGGAGAUCACGAUUGUGGCAUCACGGAGGACGUAUUCUUCCCAAUUGUCCACUUCGAAGAAAAAUUCUAUUAA